GUCGCGGUGGCCGUGCCUCGCCACAUGUAAUCAUGACACCAGGCAGUGACCGUCUUGUCUUGUACCGUCCUGUCAUUUACUCCUUCUCGCCCAAUUCUCCCUGCCGUCUACCUUGGAUCAUCGUCCUCUCCUUCCCACUCCCCUGUCCUCCUCUGCCGGUCUUCCCUUUUCUUUUGUCGGUGAUUAUUUAACUUUUGUUUCCAUACUCCCCGAAAUUGCUCUCUCUCGACCUCCCAUUCGGAAUCCAGUCAAUGAACGAUGCGGGGAUCUGAAGCAUCGGGGCCCGGUGCCCUUUGGGAUGCUCCCUCGACGACCCU